AUUCACACGGGGGAAAGACCAUUUAAAUGUAUGGAAUGUGGAAAGAGUUAUAGUCGUAAUGACAUUCUUAAACUACAUCAGCUAAUUCAUACAAGAAAAAAACAAUAUGAAUGUGUGGAAUGUGGAAAGUGCUUCAGGGAGAGUGGAAAGCUUACAAGACAUCAACGGACUCACACAGGGGAGAAGCCAUUUAAAUGUAUGGAGUGUGGAAAGAGCUUCAGUCAAGGUUCAGGCCUUAUUUUACAUCAUCGAACCCACACAGGGGAGAAACCAUUUAAAUGUAUGGAGUGUAAAAAGAGCUUCAGUGAAAGGGGAACACUUAGAAAACAUCAAUGGAUUCACACAGGGGAAAAGCCAUUUACUUGUAUGGAGUGUGGAAAAAGCUUCCGUCAUGCUAAUUCACUUAGAGUACAUCAUCGGACUCACACAGGGGAGAAACCAUUUGAAUGUCUAGAGUGUGGAAAGUGGUUCAGCCGAAAGGAACACCUCACUUCACAUCAGCGAACUCACACGGGAGAGAAACCAUUUAACUGUUUGGAAUGUGGAAAGACUUCCUCUAAUAGUGAAACACAUGCACAACAUCAACAAACUCACACAGGGGAGAAACCAUUUAAAUGUAUGGAGUGUGGAAAGAGCUUCAGUCAAAAUUCACAUCUUACUUCACAUCAGCGAACUCACACAGGGGAGAAACCAUUUAAAUGUGUGGAGUGUGGAAAGAGCUUCAGUCAAAAUUCACAUCUUACUUUACAUAAACAUACUCACACAGGGGUGAAACCCUUUAAAUGCUUGGAGUGUGGAAAGAGCUACAGUCAAUGUGAUAAACUUAGUAGACAUCAUCAAACCCACACAGGGGAGAAACCAUUUAAAUGUAUGGAGUGGGUGAAACCCUUUAAAUGCUUGGAGUGUGGAAAGAGCUACAGUCGACGUGAUAUACUUAGUAAACAUCAGAGAACUCACACAGGGGAGAAACCAUUUUAA